AUGGAUCCUAUCUCCAUCGUCGCAAGCAGCUUAGCAUUCGCGGGGGCAGUUCUAAGUGGGUUGGAAGCAUUCAAGACGUUAUAUGAUGCUGGACCGGACCUCGGGGAUCUGCUGAGUGAGUUGACGGAGACAAAGUUGAUGCUGGUCGACAUCGAGAAGGCUCUCACCAACCAUGAGCUUGAAGAGGACCUUCGGCCAGACCGAUUCGAGGGUCUCCGACGCCUUUUGCUUGAGGAACAAAAAAAGCUGGAGAUUUUGAGCGCCCUCGUGAGCGAGAAAUUGGACUUUUCGAACGCAUCUAUCAGUGGUUCCCGCAUUGCCCGAUUGGCAUGGCUAAGAUAUAAUGGAAAGGUGAAAAGGAUCCAAUCCAGUCCGAACCAGACGCGCGAGAGGAUCACAGCUACGUUGGGAGCUGCCAAUCUUUACGAAACAGCUCUGAUUCGUUUGAAGCUGGAUGAUCUUGCGGGACUUCAUCAGGAGUAUACUGACCAAUGGACCCGUCACGGGAGAGCGCUGGACUUUAUCUCCGUCAAUAUUCAUCGCCUGGGCCUGGUCGACUCACCUGACCCUGCUGGUCGACUCCAGCGGAAUGCAGACUGUACAGAGUCGACGUUUAAGGAAAAUAAGACUCCGAGCGUCUGUUCUGAUGACAUUUUGGUAGCGGAGACAGUUUCGGAUAGUCAGAUCACACGGAUGUCUCGGUCCAGGGCUACUAAUUACCGACGAACUCGCUGCACAAGCUGGUGCAGUUGUAUCUGCCACAAAACGAGCUCGCUCCAAACCCCUGAGAGUCUAUGUCAGGCUCUUAACCUACUCCUCGUGGGAGUCUCUGGAUUCCCCAUUCAAUACAUCAAGUGCAAUGAGCGCCUGUGUCGACGACAAUCCAGGCCGACCCUAAAGGUCAACUAUUUCUUCCCACAGUGGAUUCUCUCCCGGGCCUUUCAGUUUGCUUUCAGAUUCUCGGACAUGCAAGGUCCUGAGCUGGUUCUGAGGAUGCCUCGAGUUGUUCCAGAUGAUGCGCCUCUCAUGUUCCUUGCAGUCCAAGGGAACAUGGAAGAGAUACAGUCAUUGUUCGCCCAAGGUCUGGCAUCCCCUUUGAUGUAG